AUGGAGCAAUCUAUUAUGUUCAUGCUUAAAAAUAAGUUGAGCCUAUGUUGGAAGCCAGUGGUAGACGUCUUUCAGUUCAACGUAGCGAUUUCUGACAAGAACAGUGAAGCAACUAAGCGUAAUCUCCUGUCCGCUCUAAACAGUAUAUUUGACCCACUAGGAUUCCUUGCUCCAGUGUUGGUAAAAGGAAAAAUAUUUCUGCAGCAACUAUGGCUCGUUAAAGCAGAUUGGGAUAGUUCAUUGUCUGUUGAAAUAAAACAAAAAUGGUACAAUUACUGGUCAGACCUCAGUACGCUUAAAACACUGGAAAUUCCAAGAAAGGCAGUCGCAUGUGCAGGAUUAAGGACCGAGUUUCACGGCUUUUGUGAUGCAUCAGAAAAUGCCUAUGGUGCAUGUAUUUAUGUACGGUGUAAACUGCCAAGCGGAGUAUGGCAAUCACGAUUAUUGUGCGCAUCUACUCGGGUCGCCCCUCUCAAGGGAGCUACAAUCCCUAGAUUAGAAUUGGGGGGAGCCCUAGUACUGGCUCAGUUAGCAAUGAAGGUAGCUAAGUCAUGGAAGGUUGACAUACAUAAAUUUUACCUGUGGACCGAUUCAACUAUAGUGUUGGGAUGGUUGAAUAGUCAAUCUAGUCGUUUGAAAACGUAUGUGUCAAACCGUGUUGCACAGAUUUUAGAUAUUACCAAUACUGAGCAAUGGUACUAUGUUAGGACUUAUGAUAAUCCAGCAGAUGUGUUAUCGAGGGGUGUGAAGGCGCAAGACUUGAAAGGCAUCGAGUUGUGGUGGAGUGGACCAAAAUGGCUAUCUCAUGAGCAAAAUGGUUGGCGAUUCGAACGAGUAUCACUGCCAACUGGAGAAGAAUUACCUGAGCAGAAAACCGUACGUUUCGUUCUUUUAACAGUGCAGUUACCAAUGCGACUUGUUGAUUCAUGCUCAAACUGGCAACGCCUACGUCGAGCAACUGCGUGGAUUCUGCGGUUCAUUGAAUUCAUAAAAACUAAACGUACCCCACAACUAAUACGCUACCUGACAGUUAAAGAGUUAAUGGUUGCUGAACAGAGACUGAUAGCUUAUGCUCAAAGGGAAGCCUUUCCGGAGGAGCAUGAAGCAUUAGCAAAAAAUAAGGACAUUCCUGGUCGAAGCAAGUUAAGGUCAUUGAACAUCGGUCUAAGGUAUGGCAUGAUAGUAGUAGGUGGUCGUCUUGACAAUGCCAAUCUUUCACAAGACCAAAGACAACCAAUAAUUCUUCCAUACAAUCACAGAAUUACACAGUUGAUAUUCUUAGAUUAUCACAUGAAAUUAUUGCAUUGUGGUCCUCAGUUAUUAUUAGCGGAAAUCAGGCAGAGGUAUUGGCCGCUGUCUGGUAGACUAUUAGCGCGCUCAACAGUUCGAAGGUGCGUGAAGUGUGUACGGAGCAAACCGACCUUUCAAAUUCCAAUAAUGGCACCAUUACCAAGGGAAAGAGUACAAUGUUCACGUCCCUUCACGUACACGGGCGUGGAUUUUGCAGGACCGUUAAUCAUCCGAAGCGGAAUCAGGGGUCGAUCAGGAACAAAGGCGUGGGUAUCAAUAUUCGUGUGUUUUUCUACAAGAGCGGUUCAUAUAGAAGUAGUCGAGGACUUAACGAGCAAGGCUUUUAUAGCGGCCUUAAGACGAUUUGUUGCUAGACGAGGCAAACCCGCAGAACUGUGGAGCGAUAACGGAACAAACUUCGUUGGAGCAAACAAGGAGUUGACCAAAUAUACUCAACAUCUUGGCAGUCAGCUAGCAAAUGAAGGGAUCACCUGGCGUUUCAAUCCCCCAUCAGCCCCUCAUUUUGGAGGGCUGUGGGAAGCAGCAGUUAAGAGCGCUAAACACCACUUGGCUAGGACUACUGGAGAGGCAAAGCUAAUACUAAGUGAGCUCAGUACACUGCUAUGUCAAAUUGAAGCCUGCCUCAAUUCCCGACCAUUGACACCUAUGAGCAGCGAUCCUAACGACUUCACUUCACUUACCCCAGCGCACUUCUUACUCGGUGCACCUGUAACGUCGUUCCCAGAACCUGAUUUAAAUGGCGAAGAACCACAUGCAAUGCGACGUUGGAAAUUUGUACAACAUCUUCUUCAAACUUUCUGGAAGCGAUGGCACAUGGAGUACCUACCCCAACUACAGGUCCGUGGAAAGUGGACAUCAGGAAGCUCCAACCUAGCCAUAGACGAUUUAGUAAUUGUCAAAGAAGACAACCUACCGCCCUUUAAGUGGCACUUAGCACGCGUUAUAGAACUACAUCUAGGUUGUGACGGUAACGUAAGGGUUGUGUCCGUACGUAACUCUUCCGGUAAAACAAUGCGCCGUCCAGUCGCAAAACUUUGCAAGCUCCCAAUAGAUUCAGAGGAGUCUGUUGAAAAAUAGAUUUUUCAACGGGGGGGAGAAUGUUCGCGCCGGCGGUAGCGUCAUAAUAGUCCGUCCACACCGACCGAACACACACACACACAAACACACACACCGCAAGUUUUGUAUUUAUUAUUUUUAUGUCAAUUGUGUCGUCCGUGAAUUAUUAUGUAAUAUAUAAAUGUAGAUAAUGAGUUAUGUAAUGCGGCCGCCAACGGCUCGCUGUGUGGAAGCUUUAACACGGCCGCCGGAAUCGUCAGUCCAUCCCGUUACGCCAACGCGGAAAAUAUCACGUGCGCGAAUCGCCGUGCCGAGGUGUAAAAUUUAUAUUGUUUGUAGUAUAAAUUAAUAUAUUGUUUCUUAAUGUUAGUGUGCGCUAAUCGCCAUGACCAUUAUUGUGUUGUAAAAUUUAAGGCACGAAUUGCCAUACUUAUUUUUAUUUUGUAUAAGUGAAGUCGCGAAUCGCCACUUGUAUCAAUUUUGCCGCGUACGCUAAUCGCCGCGGGCAUUAUACUCAUUGUUGUGUUAUUAUUAUUUUCAUUAUUAUACAGGAUAGGUAGCAGCUGGCCAGCCGUGCACCGUCCAAUUUGUGAGUUUUUAUUUAUUAUUUAUUAUUUAUUAUUAUAUUUAUAUACCACCCAUAGCUCAAAUAGCUGGCACAUUAUUACUGUUAUAUCUUGUUGGGCCAGAAGGGCCACAAUAUUAUUAGUCAUAUUUUUAUACCUUAUGUUGCUGUGAUUUUUAUAUUCCUUGUGUCCAUAAAUAAUUAUAUAUUCUGUGUACAAUACAGUAACCAUUUUUACCAGCAACCGUGUUAUCCAUUAUUAAAUAGAGUUACCUUUCUGUCAUUAUUUUAUAAGCUUACACACUCUCACAUCUACACA